CGGCGUCAUGAGUCUUUACUGCCAUCAACCUUCAUCAGCAUUUUGACGAAAGCAAUCGAAAAGAGCGGCCGUAGUUCAAGAUAAAUUAAUUACAGUUCAAUUCGGCUUCAAGAUCAACAUUGUAAAUUAAAAUGCCGCCGUUUAACAACCAUCUUUCGUUCAACACACAUAAAUGCUUAUAAAUAUUUAAUACACGUGGUUUCUUUUAUGGAUCUCGAUAUUAUUUCGCUUCGUGGUGCAUUUGUUUCAUGUAAUUUGGUGUGUUCAGUGACUUAUUCUUUAUUGUGUUUGAUAUUAUGAGUAAACGCGGGAAGGUUAUCAAUAAACUGACACUAGAGUGAGACGCAAAUAUGAGGUUAUUGGUGUUUGUUUUUAUUUUCUGCUCACCGUUAUCAACAAUUGAAUCCUUUUUCCAAGGAGACAGUUGUAACCUUAACAACCAGGCUGGAAGCUGUAAGCAGCUCUCACAAUGUCCUGCUCUCGUGAACGAAAUCAAACAAGCUGGUACCCCAAUGCCAUCAUACAUGAGGCGGAAACUCCAGUCCCUCGGCUGUGGGUUCGACAACGAAGAACCACUUGUAUGCUGUGAAACACUCUUCACAAAUGCAAAUACAGGAUUUGACUUCAACAAUGACAGAACAAACCAGCAGAAACCAGAUUCUUGGGGGACUAUCACAGAGAGACCAUUUGUCACGCAAAGACCCAUCGUUGAUGUUAAUAAAAGAGGUCAGAAUGACAACAGUAUAGUUGAUCAAAUUCCUGAUGUGAGGAACCACCGGAAUUUGAGAUUGCUCCCUAGGGAUUGUGGUUCGAUCGAAUCUGAAAGAAUAUUUGGCGGGAAUCGAACAUCGUUGUUUGAAAUGCCCUGGAUGGUGCUAUUAUCUUACAAAACAGGUCGAGGCAUUAAAUUGAGCUGUGGAGGAACACUCAUAACAGAAUGGUACGUGCUCACAGCCGCUCAUUGUGUUUCGUUUCUCGGCAGCAAGAUGCAACUGGAAGGUGUAAUACUUGGUGAAUAUGAUGUCAGACAAGAUCCAGAUUGCGAGAGAAUGGACGGUGAACUAGUUUGUGCUCCUCCUGCUAGGAACGUGACUAUCGAUAGAAUAAUUGCGCAUCCCGGCUACUCUCCACAAACGUUGUUCGAUGAUAUUGCAUUGAUAAGACUGUCUGAACCUGCUGAUUUUUCUUUGGAUAGCAUGAAAGCCUUAUGUUUGCCAACAACACCACAACUACAGAAUGAGAAACUAGAAGGUCUGAAGGGAAUCGUAGCUGGUUGGGGAGCAACUGAAGAUGGGUUACAGUCACCCGUACUGCUCAGUGUUGCGUUGCCAAUAAUUAGCAACAGGGAAUGUCAGAGAAUUUUUAAUGAGUCACCUCACAUUUACGACCGUCAACUUUGCGCUGGCGGUGUUCAGGACAAAGACUCCUGCGGAGGAGACUCGGGUGGGCCGCUCAUGUACCCGGGGAGGACGGGGGACGUCGGCAUUCGAUACGUCCAACGCGGUAUUGUCUCCUAUGGCUCUAAGAGAUGCGGAGUCGGGGGCUAUCCAGGGGUCUACACCAGGGUUGCUUUUUACAUGGAUUGGAUUUUAGACAAUAUAAGUUGAAAUGUCAACGAUCAAAGUAUUAUGUGAAUACGUGUGAUGCAAGAUUGUGAUUAUCAGUGACUAUAUUAUACUUUUACAUAAUAAUA